ACACUGGGAUCACAUGGACUCUGACCGGCGUGCAGCACACUGAGGGGCGGCUUGGCAGCCGUCAUGUCCCACUCAGCGCUGCAGUUCCAGGCCGGGGACGAGGUGCCGUGUGCGGGCCCCGACGAGGAUGAUACGCUGGCAGACGAGGAUGACAUCUGCCAGCUGGAGAAGCACAUGUCAGAGCGCCGGAGGGCCAGGUCGCUUCCGGCAUGCCCGGCUGCCCUGCUGGCUGCUGUGGCUGGAAGUAACGGGCCCAAGAGGGUGACAUUUGCAGACUCCAUGGGCUUGAGUCUGGCCAGCGUCAAACACUUCAGCUCACUGGAGGAGCCUCAUGUCCCCAGCAAAGUGUUUUCUCGUCAUGCCAGCUUCCCUCCACAAGGAGACCGUCUGGGGGUACUGGACCAACACUUUGACCUCCCGCAGCCCCAUGACCCAGACGGUCGUGUCCAGCAUCUGCGCGUCUGCUUGGAGCAGCUCUCCGUCACUCAGUUCGACGUGCGGGGGCACAUACGUGUGCUGAGCGGCAGCGCACACAGAGAGGUUGGGGUUCGCUACACCUUCAACGACUGGCUCUCCCAUGUGGAUGCGCAGGCUCUGCUUGUGGACGUGCAGCUUCCGGGUGCUGUGGGCAUGCGCUACAGCUUCACCAUGUACACGCCGCCCUUCAUGGAGCCCGGCUCGGCGGUCCACUUCGCCGUGUACCUGCGGACUGAUGAGGGUGAGUUCUGGGACAACAACGACGGCCGGAACUUCAGCCUCUGGUACCGAGGUUUACACGAGCAUUUUGUCGGUGCCUCCUGAGCGAUAGUUUGCGCUUUGAUGUCAUUGCAUCAGAGGUGAUGCCAUCUUCAAAAACUCAGUUGAAAGGCCAAAAGGCCACUCAGAAGUGAUGACAAGCUGAAAUAAAAGUCAUCUGUGGACGUGA